AUGGUAACCGUUCCGGUCACCGGGUUCACGGAGCCGUCCAGCUACCCGGCUGCCGGCAGCGCCGUGUACGUGCAGACGGCCGCCGACGGUGGCACCGCCGCGGCAACGAUGGCGAGCUACAAUUCCAACGCCGUCCCUUUACAUCCGGGUCCUCACUCUAUGUAUGAAGUCGCGGGCGGAAUGCCGCCCGCCGGAAUCGCAUUCCAGCCUCACCUAGGGCCGUCUCUGCAGCCACCUCAGCUGCAAGCUUUCCCUCCUCCGUCGCACUACCUCCACAAACAACAGAUGGCGCCACCUCCCAUAGAGGUGUUGGAUGGCGUGUUUACCGGCGACAACCCGCGCGCGCCGUUCCCCGACAUCCUUCAUGCGGCAAACUUUUCCGUAGUCGCUGCCGCCGGUAGCACACAGUUCCCACUAGCGGAGGAAUUCGUUACGGGUUUUGAGAGCUUGCCUCCACCGCACAGUUUGGCUAUUGUGCCGACGAAAAAGAACCAGUGCUUGACACCUGACUUAGUUAACCAGAUCUGGCAUCAAUCUUUCGAAAUGAGGUUUAGAGAAUUCGAACACGUCUGGAAUAUUAAGGCGUUCUCACCGGGUGAGGAAGAACCGAAAGACUGUCGGAUGUUCAAAGAUAGUGCUAAAGUCAGGUUUCAAUGUCAGCAAUGCGGCAACUCCUGGACAUCAAUGAAAGGCUCCGUCAUGUUCUGGUAUAGCCUAACCAACGCGUGCGAAGAUGGCGGACACAAACCUUCCACGGGACGCAUCAUUUUCAUGCUAUACGGUCAGGUUUGCAAACGCUGUCCCCAGUCUGGAUUUCAGCAGCCCAUGUGGUACACUGAAGAAGUGGAAAAGGUUGUGAACAAUAUUUACAUGAAGGUUGGGCACCGGUUUUACCAGUUCGACCAACCCAAGUACGUCAAAGUGCGCAGAGAGGGUAAGACUACGCAUGCGCAUGACGUCAGCCUGUGUCAGGCCUGCUUCAAUGGCGCCUGUUCUUAUAAGUCGAAAAAGACGACCACCGAGGAUUUUCCUGCUGGAAGUUAAACACAGAUGUGUAAACAACUCGGAGGUCUGGCCCUUCAUAGAGACCUUGUAUUGGGACCUGAUUGAAAUUGAAAUUGUCAAACUGAACACUAGGAAAUUGAACAUAGCUAGGUGCAUAGACUUACAAUA